UUUAUUCGGUUAUCAAUUGCUGCGGGUUCUGUGCGCACUUUGUACCGGUGAUACAAAAGUAAUCUUUUCGUUAAAGAGUAAAUUCAACUGGUAAAUUUAUUCGUCUAAUAAGUGUAACAGGUCACGUCGAACCGGUACAACAAGUAAAGAAGAAAAAUGUCUGCUGCUAAACUGCGUUUCGAUGGACGAGUGGCAGUUGUUACAGGUGCUGGAGCUGGCUUAGGACGUGAAUACGCGCUGCUGCUGGCCUCGCGUGGUGCAAAGGUGGUGGUCAAUGAUCUGGGUGGCAGUCAUGUGGGCGAGGGGGCAUCUACACGCGCAGCGGAUGUUGUGGUCGAGGAAAUACGCAAAAUGGGCGGCGAGGCGGUGGCCGACUAUAAUUCAGUUAUCGAUGGUGCAAAGGUCAUUGCGACCGCGAUACAGGCAUUUGGACGCGUUGAUAUACUAAUUAACAAUGCUGGCAUUUUGAGAGAUCGCAGCAUUAUUAAGACCAGCGAACAGGAUUGGAAUUUGGUUCAUGAUGUGCAUCUUAAGGGCAGCUUCAAGUGCACGCAAGCCGCCUUUGAGCAUAUGAAGAAACAGAACUUUGGUCGUAUCAUUAUGACCUCAUCCAACUCAGGCAUCUAUGGAAACUUUGGACAAGCCAACUAUUCGGCAGCCAAAAUGGGUUUAGUGGGAUUGGCCAACACGGUGGCCAUCGAGGGCGCCAAGAACAACAUUUACUGUAAUGUCAUCAUUCCCACAGCGGCCAGCCGCAUGACCGAGGGUAUUCUGCCCGACAUGCUCUUCAAUGAGCUCAAGCCCAGCCUCAUAGCACCUGUUGUGGUUUACCUCUGUCACGAAUCUUGCGAAGAUAACGGCAGUUAUAUUGAAAGCGCCGCUGGCUGGGCCACCAAGGUGCACACAGUGCGCGGCAAAGGCGCUGUGCUGCGUCCAGCACUUGAGGAGCCAGUUACUCUUGAAUACGUGCAGAAUGUGUGGAGCAAGGUGACGGACAUGUCAGAGGCAACACAUUUAAAUGCCAUUGCCGAGGCAUCGGGCUCGCUGCUGGAGGUGCUGGAGAACCUUAAGUCUAACGACAAAGAUGCCGUUGAAGACAGUUUUAGUUUUGGUAAUCGUGAGCUCAUACUCUAUGCCUUAGGCAUUGGUGCUACUACCACCAACAGCAAGGACAUGCGCUUCUUGUAUGAGAACGAUGCUGAUUUCUCUGCGCUGCCCACAUUCUUUGUGCUGCCUGGACUAAUGAUGACCAUGUCCAGCAGUCUGGUGGCCAAUGCUUUGCCACAAGGCGGCGUAGAUCUCUCCAACAUUCUGCAUGGCGAGCAGUAUUUGGAAAUUAUGGAUGAUCUGCCCACCAGUGGCAAACUGCUGACACGCGGCAAGGUGUUUGAUGUCAUGGACAAAGGCUCUGGUGCUGUGGUAGUCACCAGCUGUGACUCUUAUGAUGAGAACGGUCGCUUGCUGGUGAAGAACCAGAGCUCAAUUUUCGCAGUGGGCGCUGGCCGCUUUGGUGGCAAGAAGAAUCCGAUUGCCGGCGUUGUGCCACUCGCCGUGGCGCCCAGCCGUACUCCCGAUAGCUCCGUGCAGUACAGAACUAGCGAAGAUCAGGCCGCACUUUACCGUCUAUCUGGCGAUUUGAACCCAUUGCACAUUGAUCCCAGCUUUGCACUCAUGGCAGGCUUCAAGACCCCGAUCCUGCAUGGACUCUGCUCCCUGGGCUACUCAAUGCGUGCCGUGCUAAGCCAAUAUGCAGAUAACAAUACAGCGCUUUUCAAAGCCAUUAAGGUGCGCUUUUCCGGUCCCGUGCUACCGGGCCAGACACUCAAGAUUGACAUGUGGCGUGAGGGCAAGCGAGUGCACUUCCGUACACUGAUUGUCGAGACUGGCAAGGAGGUUAUAUCGGGUGCCUAUGUCGACUUGAAGGAAGUCAAGGCAAAGUUGUAAUUCUUAAGCAACCCAUUGACAAUUCCAUAAUAGGAAGCAUAAAUGCAAUUGGGUAUAUCUGGUGGUAGUUAUAAUUGGCUUUUCUGUUUUAAUGUACAUAUAUAUUUACUAUUUUAUAAACUGCUUUGUUUAUAUAUUUUCUUUGUUAAAUGUGAGCUAAAUCAAAAACUAACAAGCAAUAAAACACCCGACUUCAA